GUUGUGAACACGAAUUUUCGGUUUUCUAUAAAACUUUAUUAGAUUUUUAUGCUUUUCUACGUACUAAUGAUUGUUAUUCUCUUUCUAUAGCACAUUAAUGAUAUAUAAAGUGAAAUUAGAAAAUCUAUUUGCGCGGUGAGGAUGACCUUGCUCUUGUAAGAAUAAGAAAAUUACUUAAAGCAUAUAAAUUUGAAAAUUUUAGGAAUGCAAUCGGUUUUGCCUUCUGAUUCCUUGGCAAGAGGAUAUGGAUUGAUAAAAUUUAAAAAAGUAACUACUAAAAAGUCACCUAUUUUUGAGCAAAGAGGUUUUCGGCCCAGGCCCAGCUGAUCAUGCAGGAAUCACUAAAAUUAUUACCCCAUAAAACGUGAAAGGUAAAAAUCCUCGGUCCUAAUCUGCAAGUUUCCCAUUGAGCUCAACAACAACGGCAACAAAAGCCCAUGUGCACAGAAAGGGGAAAAAUAUAAAGAAGCGCGAUCAAUUUUGCUGGUAGAGGAUAGAGAUUCAGAUCCAGAAGGAAGAAAGAGAGAUGGGGAUCAGAUUCAUAUUGAUGGUGAACAAGCAAGGGCAGACUCGUCUCGCCCAAUACUACGAAUGGCUCACCCUCGAAGAACGACGUGCCCUCGAAGGCGAGAUCGUCCGCAAGUGCUUAGCCCGCACCGAGCAACAGUGUUCGUUUGUUGAGCAUCGAAAUUACAAAAUCGUAUACAGGCGAUAUGCUUCGCUGUUUUUCUUAGUUGGAGUUGACAAUGAUGAAAAUGAGCUUGCAAUUUUGGAAUUUAUACAUCUCUUAGUUGAAACCAUGGACCGUCAUUUUGGCAACGUAUGUGAGCUAGAUAUCAUGUUCCAUUUAGAGAAAGCACAUUUCAUGUUGGAGGAAAUGGUUAUGAAUGGUUCUGUUGUUGAGACAAGCAAGGCUAACAUUCUGACUCCAAUUCAGCUGAUGGACAAAGCAUCAUGAGGAAAAAAAAAGGGGUUAGUUUUCUAGAUUGGAUAUGGCGAUUGUCUUUGAGCAUCCUGGCAAAUUGUUUUUUAUUUUCUCCCUGUUUCUUUUCUUUUUUUGUUCGCCCUUUUCUUUUCUAUUUCAACUUUUUAAGUUUUGCAAGUCGUACAAUAAGUUAAAUAGAAACAAAAACCUUCAACAGUUUGCUCCAUACUUAAUUGUAUCUAGUGUUUGCUUGUAUGAUAGUUUCAUGGUAGAAGUGGUUUAAUGACAUUUGAUUUUUUU